AUGUUUGAGUUGUGGAAAGGUUCUCACGUAACUUUUCUGCUUCAAUAUACAGACACAUGCCCAGCUUAUCCAACUGAAGUGGUUUUUGCCUUGGAUAUGUCUGAUGAUGUCACACCAGCUGCAUUUGAAAGAAUGAGGAACAUUAUUAUGUUAUUGCUGAAGACCAUUAAGAUCAGUGAAAGCAAUUGCCCAACAGGUGCUCGUGUCUCUGUUGUUUCUUUCAAUACCAACGUGCACUACCUCAUCCGAUUCUCUGAAUUCCAAAAAAACAACUUGCUGCUACAAGCCAUCCAGAGAAUCCCACUAGAGAGAUCCAGUGGGAAACGAAAUAUUGGGGCAGCCAUGAGAUUUGUUGCAAGAAAUGUCUUCAAACGUGUUCGUCAGGGCAUCCUCACAAGAAAAGUUGCCCUGUUUUUUGCCAAUGGUCCAUCGCAGGAUGAUGUUGCCAUCAGCACAGCUGUGCUUGAGUUGAGUGCCUUGGAUAUCACUCCAGUGGUUAUUGCCUUCAGUGAGGUGCCAAAUGUCAGACGUGCCUUCUCUAUGGAUGACACAAGAAGAUUUCAGUUAUUUGUUUGGGAAAGACAAGAAGAUGAAAAUUUGGAGGGCAUCACAUAUUGUACACUGUGCUUUGAUAAAUGCAAUCCAAGAACCAACUGUGAGGUGCCUUUUUCUCCCCUGGUUCAGAUGGAUAUGGAUAUAACUUACAUCAUGGACAGCUCAUACAGCAUUAGCAGUGAAGAGUUUCAGAGAGCCAAAGACUUUGUGAGCAACAUGGUGGAUCAGUUUGUCAUUUCCUCGCAGCCAAACGAAUCAUAUGGAGGCAUCAGAGUGGCACUGGUGCAGCAGGCUCCCAGGGGCUUCCUGCCUGACAGAAACCAGACACCUGUGGCCUUGGAGUUUGACCUGGUCACAUACAGCAAUAAAGAUUUGAUGAAGAAACACAUCCAAGAGUCCGUUCACCAGCUGGAAGGGCCAUCAGCCAUUGCUUCUGCUCUACAGUGGACAGUUGAAAACGUAUUCUUUAAAGCCCCCAGACAAAGAAAACACAGGGUCAUAUUUACAAUAGUUGGAAGCAAAACAAGCACGUGGGACAGAGAAAGGCUGAGAGAGAUUUCACUUGGAGCCAAGUGCCAAGGGUUCACCUUAUUCAGUCUUGCACUUGGCAGUGAUGUGAGUGACAAUCAGCUGAUGGAGCUGUCAAGCUCCCCCACCGAUCAGCACUCACUGACACUGGGCAGGUUUUCCAGCCCGGAGAUGGCGUAUGCUCAGAGGUUUAGCCGGGCAUUCCUAAAUCUUCUACAACAAGAAAUGAACAGUUAUCCUUCACCUGAACUUCAAGAAGAGUGUGAAAACUUAGAUCGGGGAGACAUACAACAGGAAGCAUCCCUGACUGAAAGGAUAUCUUUUCCUGGAAUGGCUGAAAGUGGUUCCAGUCAAGUUUUAGAAGACAUGGAAAAAAAUGGAAGUCGAGUCAUGAAGAGUAUAAAAGAGAACACCAAAGAACCUGUAUACACAGUGCCAGAAAUGAGAGAUGAUUUUGAGAAGAAUGAGUAUUUCACAGAGGAAAAUGCUAAAAGGGAAAAGCCUCAAGAGUGUGGAAAAGCUCAGGAGAAGAACAACAAAAACUUAGAGACAACAGCAGAAACUAGAAGUGGCUGUAAUGAUUAUGGUAUGAUUCUAGAAUAUGAAAAUCUUUUUUAAUUCAGUAAAAAGAUUAAACUGUGAAGGACUCUAUUGAAUAUUUUUACAAGAUGAAGAAUUUCCAGCUACAUUUUUCCAAGGUUUUAGUCAUCAUAUGUUAGUAUUUAGUCCAAACCUAUAUAGUAGUUAAAGAUUGAACUACAGGUGUCAUUAUAACUUCAGUUUUGAUUUAUAACUUUUUGUAAUAAUAUCAUAUAAAGUUAUAAUCCCCCUUCCUAAAAUAGCCAAUAAUUUUAAAAUCCCCAAGUUGCUCUGUAAUUAGUGAGUUACUCCUGCUGCUAAUUUAGCUCAACAUGGAGGAACUAAUUAUAUUUCUGCUGCAGUCUGUUCCUGUAGGAAGAAGAGGAUCCAUCAGCAGAGGUAUCAAAAUAUAUAUACUUCAUGUUUUUAACUGUACUUCCUAAUGAUACAUUUUUCAUUGCAGAUUUGCCAUUAGAUAUUGG